GGUGUAGUCGGGUUCAUAGCUAUUUUAGUCAAAUACAUUUAUAGAAACUUUUUUAUUUAAUGUAAAAAGUCGUAUUUGUGUCGGUCUUAAUUGUUUUAUUGAUAUGUAUUGUCGUAGGCGGUGAAACCGGAGUGGAGUUUCCGUUAAAGAGCUAAUCAUCUUAUUUCUGGAUUACAAUGUCGAUGUUUAGCGUCCGGGCGAGGAAGCAUACAGCAUUUUAUGACCAUCUCGUGUCAACAACGUCCAAGACGCCGGGCAGAGAUGGUCAAGCCGUGCAAAAAGCAACAGACUCUCUUGGAAAGAGCGAUAUUUUAAACUCCGACUGUGCGCUUGAGGACAGCAGCAGGUCGUCGGAAAGAAGCCGGCUGGUUAACGGGACUUAUGUCGCCUCUGCUCUGUCCAAAAGCGGCAGCACUCCGUACAGGGGCAGACUCACUCUGCAGAGGAGGUCAAAGAGGAGAAGCGGGGCUGAGAAGAGCCGGGAGAAGAGCCGGGAGAGCAGCAGGAACAGCAGCCCGGCCCCCGAGAAGAGGCUGACGCUGCAGCGCAGGACCAGGACUCCCAGCCAGCAGGCUGCACACAAAGUCCUCUGUGAGCCAAACGGCAGGACUCCUGUUUUACUCAGGUCCACGAGUAUGAAGGAAACAGCAUCUAGUAGUAGCAAGGUGCCAGAAAAUGCAGCCCAUUUGGAGCGUCAAGGGACAUUUUUGCAAAGCAAGACGCCCACAUCCACAUCCGCAUCCUCUGCAUCCACAAGCAGACAGCUUCAGGAUCACACUUUUAAAACCCCCACCAAAAAGACCCCGUUUGAGAAAAUAGCCGCCAAGAGGGACGUUUUCGAGAGACUGGCCUCCAAAGAGACGCCCAGGCUGGUGGCUGUCAAGUCCAGAAGUUUGGAAAGAGCCAAACCUGUGCCGCUUUCACGGCUCAGCAAGGCGUCUGCGGCCGCCGUGCAGGAGAGAAGGAAACACGCUUCAAACCAAAGGGCAGACCUGGCGAGAUCCUCCACUGCUGCUCCUGCAUCUGCAUCUGCUCCUGCAUCUGCAUCUGCUCCUGCAUCUGCAUCUGCAUCUGCUCCUGCAUCUGCAUCUGCUCAUGCAUCUGCUCCUGCAUCUGCUCCUUCAUCUGCUCAUGCAUCUGCUCAUGCAUCUGCUCAUGCAUCUGCUCAUGCAUCUGCUCAUGCAUCUGCUCAUGCAUCUGCUCAUGCAUCUGCUCAUGCAUCUGCUGAGCAGCUCCUGCUGCAGCCCAGCGAGGCUCUGAGGCAGCAGGAUUCAUUUAAGAUGGAAAACAGUGCUGUGACUGUGGCUGUCCGUGUACGCCCAUUCAAUGCCAGGGAGCAGUCUGAGAAGACAUUGCAGGUCAUCUUUAUGAAAGGCCAGGAGACCGUUGUCCAGCAUCCAGUGUCCAAGCAGAACUACUCCUUCACGUACGACUUCUCUUUCUGCUCGAUGGAUGACGGCGACCCCAGGUUCGCCAGCCAGCAGCUGGUGUAUGAAAGAAUGGCUCGACCUCUGCUGCUGAGGGCCUUUGAGGGAUUUAACACCUGCUUGUUUGCUUAUGGACAGACAGGUUCUGGCAAAUCAUACACGAUGAUGGGCUUCGAGGAGGAGGCAGGGGUUAUUCCACGUUUCUGCCAGGAGCUUUUUUUGAAACUGGCCCAAAUGGAAAAUGAAGAGGUGAAAUGUCACAUGGAGAUGAGCUACUUUGAAGUUUAUAAUGAAAAGAUCCAUGAUUUGCUGGUUACCAGAGAUGAGCCAAACCAGAGAAAGAUGCCGCUGAGGGUGAGGGAACAUCCGGUCCAUGGUCCUUAUGUUGCUGAGCUCUCUGCGAAUAUGGUGAGCUCUUACGGUGACAUACAGGGCUGGUUGGAGCUUGGUAACAAGCAGAGAGCGACAGCAGCCACAGGAAUGAAUGACAAGAGCUCCAGAUCUCACUCUGUCUUCACCCUGGUCAUGACUCAGACCAAGACUGAAUUUGUGGAGGGAGAGGAGCAUGACCACAGUAUCACCAGCCGCAUUAAUUUGGUUGACCUGGCGGGCAGUGAACGCUGCAACUCGGGUCAGACAAGCGGAGACAGACUCAGGGAGGGUGCUAGUAUCAACAAAUCGCUGCUAACACUUGGAAAGGUCAUCUCUGCAUUAUCAGAACAGGCUCUGACCACGAAAAAGGUCUUCAUACCGUACAGAGAGUCUGUCCUGACAUGGCUGUUGAAGGAGAGUCUUGGUGGUAACUCCAAGACGUCCAUGAUCGCUACUCUGAGCCCGGCGGGCAGCAACGUGGAGGAGAGCCUGAGUACGCUGCGCUAUGCGCAGCAGGCCCGCACGAUCAUUAACGUGGCCAAAGUCAACGAGGACACCAGCGCCAAGCUCAUCAGAGAGCUGAAGGCAGAGGUGGAGAAGCUGCGAGCGGCCCAGAUGAGCUCCCAGGGCGUCCAACCAGAGAGAAUCAGGCUUUUCCAGCAGGAGGUCACCACCCUGAAGAACAAGCUGUGCCAGCAGGAGAGAGAAAUGGUUGAGGCCAACCGAGCAUGGAGAGAGAAACUUGAGCAAGCAGAAAUCCGUAAGCGGGAAGAAACGAAAGAGUUGCAGAAAGCAGGUGUGACAUUCAAAGUGGACAACCGUCUUCCCAACCUGGUGAACCUGAAUGAGGAUCCUCAGCUGUCCGAGAUGCUUCUGUACAUGAUUAAAGAGGGCCAGACAACUGUGGGAAAGCUUGAACCUGGAUCGAAACAUGACAUCCAGCUUUCCGGAGGUCUUAUUGCUGACAACCACUGUGUAAUAUGUAACAGCCACAACACUGUCACCAUAACACCGACAAAAAAUGGGAAGACAUUUGUGAAUGGCCACCUUAUUUCUGGAUCCACUGUCCUACACCAUGGCGACAGGGUCAUUCUUGGUGGAGACCACUACUUCCGUUUCAAUCAUCCAGCAGAAGUCCAGUCUGGCAAGCGGGCGUCAUGUUGGACGGGUGGAGGUGACGGUCAAAAAGACUUUGAGUUCGCAAAAAAUGAACUGCUUGCAGCUCAAAGAGCCAAGUUAGAAGCUGAAAUGGAAGACGCCCAUGUAAGAGCGAAAGAAGAGAUGAUGCAGGGGAUCCAAAUGGCUAAAGAGCUGGCGCAGAAAGAACUAUCCGACCAAAAAGCUCUUUAUGAAAGCAGGAUCCAAGUUCUUGAGAGAGAGCUGACUCAAGAGAACGAUCGGAAGCAUCAGGAAGAGGUGUCUCUGCAGAGAGCUGCGGACCAGGUGGCGGAGCUCAAGGUGGCCAAGUUUGAACUGGAGCAGGAGGUGGACACCCAGAGGAAACGCCUCCGUCUCCACAUGGAGGCCCAGGCUAUGGAAGAACAUCGCGUGUGCCAAGCAAAGAUUGUUGAGGCCCUGGAGGCGGAGAAGAGCAAGAUCAGCAAAGAGCUGGAGGAGAUGCAGAGGAAAAGAGCUCAAAGGGAAAACCAAACAAAAACUCUUCAAAAUGGAUCUCCACAGUGGGAUGCCAUGAAGCUGUCUUUGAUGAUUGAGGAAGCCAAUAAAAUCAGUGCUAAACUGAAGAAACGCACCAUCUUCAGCAGACAUGAGAGUUGCGACGAUGGCGUUCAGUCGGGUGGUCUGCAGGUGCGCGUUCAGAACACAAAACUGGGAAUCUCCACGUUCUGGAGCCUGGACAAGUUCCAGAACAACAUGGCUGCCAUGAGGGAGCUUGAGCAGGGGGAUUCCACCUCUAAAGAUGACGAUGUGUUUUAUGACCCUGAUGAUGAGUGGGAGCAAGAUAUAUCGGCCUCCUCUGCUUCUACCAGCUCAUUUUCUCGCCGAAGGAGCAGGAGUCUUCUGAAGAGCAGGAGAAUCUCAGGGCGUCUCUAUGAGAUCCGGGUCCAUCCAAUUCAGAGCCUCCUCACUGGCCCCUCACAGUCUGCUGGGAUGAUGGGCAUGGCCAAACCCCCCUCCGUCAAUUCCAGCACCAGUGACCCUGCCAUUCCUGGUAUCUGCAAGGAGCUGAUUGGCCAGUCAAUGUCGCGCCUGCGAAGCUGUAGUGGGAUAGAGGAGAGCCUAGCAGAUAGAUUGAUUUCUGAUUUGAAUCGGACUUACAUGGCAGUCCAAACCAUAUCUGACCUGUAUGAUGGCCUAGAUGAGGACAGCCAGGACAGUGUGUUUGUGUGUAACUUGGCGGCCCAGACUGAGUUGGUCAAGGCCACCACAGUCAUGGAGAGUGCGGUGUUUGUUACCAUGCAGUGGUUGGCCAAUGUUAAACCCUCUUCUGGCCUGCUCUACACCAUCGCUGAGGAACUCAAGAGCCAGGUGAAGAAGAUAGGAGGAUUCUUUCAGAUGCUUAUUCAGGGUUGUGAAUCUGAGAUCACAUCGAUGGUGAAUGAGGCACGCAGGAAGAGCAGUCAGUGCCUGGAUGCAGCGUUACUUGCACUUGGCCACCUUGCAGUGGUGACAGGCAUGCCGAUGAACAUCAUGGGGCUGGGCGCUCAGGCCACAGGCAAGCAAUCGCUGUUAAUGUGUCUGCUGAAGGGUACCAAUAAAGGCGUUCGCUCUCUGCUAGAAGAGAACCUCACCACUACCAAGGGAAUGCUGAGAAUGGCUCAGCUCGCUUACCCCAGAAACCCGGAUCUGCAGAGCCUAAAAUCCAAAACUCUUGAUUUGGCUCGUACCCUGGAGAGAUACAUGCUUUGCCAUAUUUCCGAAAGAGAAACUGACCCAGAGGAGAUGGAUUGGGAGGCGUCCGCUACUCAUUUACAGAGACUGAGGACAACAUCGGCCAAACUUUCCCAGCUGAACCACGCUGUCCGACAGCUGCAUUCCUGUCUGUCGACAGCCUUGCGAGGUAAAGACAGACAUUCAACCAUCAGCAGCAGCAGCAGAGAUCUAAUCUCCUCUUCUGCAAAGGCUGUUGGCGAGUUGAUCACUGGCCUCUUCAAGGAAGGAGCAACAACUCCUUCCCUGCAGCUGCCCUGUCCACAGACCGUCAUCUCUGCACGAGAUGAGCUCCACGCUGCCCUCCAGUCCUUGUCGUCCUCCUUGAGCCAACAAGGAGUAAAUGAGAGUAGAAGUUCAGCUGGCUCUGAGAAAAGUACAGAAAAUGACUAUUUGACUACAGAGAGAGCUGUAACUCACAGUUCUGUUAAAAAUCAAGUUGUAAGUAAGAUUGUGUACUCUCUUGCUCCAGGCGAGCCCUGCAGUGGCAGCCCACACUGGGUCUAAUGUGUAUUUUGUGUUGCUUCUGAUGUUGUGCUUUUCUUUUAAGGAAUUCACUUAAAGUAAUUUUAUACCACAAAGGAAACUAUAGAGUUGACUUACCGGUACUAAAGUUUGGUUGUUGUACAUUUACAUUACAUCCUGCAAACAAGUUAAAUUCACACGGCCAUUCUUUUAACCUUUAACUGUUCAUACAGCUGUGUUUCCUAAAACUGUGUAACGGCAACUGAUAUUGAGAUGCAUAGGGGAUCCUUUCCUUGGUUUGGUUAAACAUUUCCAAGCAGCCCAAAAAGUAUUUUUAAGGCUGCAGAAAAUGCCUCACUCAAAAGUGUGUGUAGUUUUUGACACAUUCAUUGAUGAGAGAAAGUAGCAAGUAAGAGUAAUGUCUUCAAGCAUCAUGUCUUACUUUAUGAUAGAUCAUCAUUAUACUGCAUUUUCAGAGGCCACAACAUGUUUUUUUUAUUUAAAUAUGCAACAUUCUGCAGAAUGCUGAUUUUGGAAUACUUUGCAUUAUUCUGUACUGUACCUGUUUUAUUUUGUAACAAUGCACAUUUUUGUUCUCAUGUUUGCAUAAAGCUUUAUAUCUUGUAUAACAUAAUCAAACAAUAUGCACUCAGCAGGGACUUGUAUAUUUUGGAUUUCUUCUUAUAUAUUUGUAAGAAAAAACAAAGCUCUCUUCCUUUUGGUGUUGUACAGGGCUGCUUAUCCCUCGCUAAAAAACUGGUAUGUCAAACCAGUGGACUAUAUAGAUACUUGCACAACUGGGAUGUGGCUUGAUUUUAACUGGUUCGAACUUUUCCAGAAGAAAUAUUUAACUUAAAUAAAACAUGCUCAAUAAACAAGAAUUGAAUUGGUUGUGAUAUGCACUAAAAUAGUAUAUUGACU